UCUCAGUCAUCAUCUAUUCUUUUUAAUUGCUUUACCGAUUUGCUUCACAACAAUGGCUCACUGUUCAACUCUUACAUCACUCGUUUUGCUCAGUUCUUCGCUCUAUCUAUGGCCACCCAAACAUUCAAUCUUGAAUCUUUCACAUGGGAUUUCGAUGUGUUCUUGAGCUCUAGAGGCGAGGGCACUAGCAAAACCUUCACCGAUCACCUCCAUCUUGCGCUAUGUGAAUCCGGGCUAAACACAUUCAGGGACAACGAGGAUGAGCUCCGAGAGGGCGGAUUUCUUUCGCCUGAGCUCAAGGGAGCGAUUGAAAGCUCGAGAAUCUCUGUGAUAGUUCUCUCCAAUGACUAUGCCUCCUCUGGGGUGUGCCUUGACCAACUUGUUCAAAUCGUCGAGUGCAAGGAGAAGGGAAAACUGAUGGUUUUUCCGGUUUUUUACGACGUUGAGCCUUCCCAAGUUCGCCGGCAAAGUGGCGACUACGGCGUGGCCUUUGCUACACACGAACAGCGUUUUGGGGCAAGCGAUAAGGUUCGGAAUUGGAGAGAUGCUCUCACUAAAGUUGGAAAUUUGUCGGGAUGGGAUUUGGGAGACGUCGCCGACGGGUAUUGCCCCUAUCAUUCUCUUUCGAUUAUUUCAUCUUUGGUGAUCAAUUAUGCGCCUAUUGGAUAUGAAUCAAAGUUCAUUGAUGCAAUCAUCAAAGAGGUGCAAUUGGUAGUAAGCCGGGUGCCGAUGUGUGUUCCCAAGCAUGUAGUAGGACUUGAAUCCCGGGUUGAGCACGUGGUCCAGUUCAUGUGUGGAGAACCAGAGAAUGAUGUUCGCAUGAUUGGAAUCUAUGGUAUGGGAGGGAUUGGAAAAACAACUCUUGCCAAAGCUGUAUAUAACAAGCUUUUUGGAUGCUUUGAGAGAAGUUGCUUUAUUGAGAUUAGAUCAGACAUUUUAGAGCAAAAAAACUAUGGGAUAAAAGUCUUACAAGAAGAGCUUCUUAGGAAUCUUCUAAGAAAGGAGAUUAAAGUUGGCAGUGAAGCUGAAGGGAUCAUGUUGAUCAAACUGUGGCUUCAAGCAAAAAAAUGUCUCAUUGUUCUUGAUAAUUUGGAGCAUCUCGAUCAAUUUAAUGCGUUGUGUGGUGAACGAGAUUGGUUCGGUGCAGGAAGUAGACUUAUUUUAACAACGAGAGUUGCAGAUGUGCUGAAAAUUUUAAAAAAAGAUGAACAUUAUGAAGCCAAGGAAUUGAAUAGUAAGGAGUCUCUGCAGCUCUUUAGCCUACAUGCAUUUAGAGGGCUAGCAUUACCAAAAGAAGAAUUUAUCGGGCUUUCACGUGGCAUCGUUACUUACUGUGGGGGACUACCCUUAGCUCUUGAAGUGAUAGGGGCAUAUUUGUCUGAUAAAUUGAAGGAAGAAUGGAUUAUUACUUUUGAGAAAUUGAAGAGAAUACCUCGUAAUGACAUUCAAAAUAAACUUAAAAUCAGCUUUGAUGGGCUUCCAGAUGAUCGUACAAAAGCUCUUUUUCUUGAUCUUGUUUGUUUCCCCCAUGCCAUUUUCAAAGAUACAGUUAUUCAAAUUGUUGAGGCCAUGGGGUAUUUUGCAACCAUCGAAAUUCGACGCUUGGUUGAUAAGUGCUUGAUAAACUAUUAUGAUUCUCAAAUUAGUAUGCAUAGUUUAAUUCGAGAAAUGGGAAGAGAAGUUGUUCGUUUGGAGUCGCCCAACAACCCAGGUGAACGUAGUCGAUUGUGGUGUUCCCGUGAUAUCCACAAUGUGCUUAUAGGACAGAAGGGUACACCAAUGGUUGAGGUAAUUGUGGCAAACUCUCCUAUGGAAAAUAUGAGUUAUGAUACAAGAGCCUUUAAGAAUAUGGAGAAUUUAAGAUUGCUCCAAAUCGACCAUGUCCGUCUACAUGGAAACUUCAAAAAUCUUUUCAAGGAGCUCAAAUGUUUUCUGUGGAAUCACUGCCCUUUGAAAUAUAUGCCAUCCAAUUUUCAUCUUAAAAAGCUUGUACAUCUGGAAUUGCUGGCGAGUAACUUAAAAAAAUUCGUAGCUCCUCUAAAGUAUUUCCAAGGUCUCAAGUCUCUGGAUCUCAGCUUUUCCAAACGUCUCACGAGGACUCCAGACUUUGGUGGCGUACAAAAUCUUGAGAGUCUCUCGUUUGCUUUUUGCUCGAGUUUGAUGAAGGUGGACUCGUCGAUUGGAGGCUUGGGGAGACUAGUUCGUUUAGAUUUUACAGAUUGUGUAAAGCUGAAGAAACUCCCGAAUAGCCUUUGCCAAUUGAGGUCACUUCAAGAACUCGAUGUGUCCAACUGCCUAAAGCUAGAAGAAUUGCCCGAGGAGAUGGGGAAGUUGAUAUCUCUUGUGUCCCUCGUGUUAGAAAGCACUACCUUUCACUAUCUCCCGUCAUCGGUUACAAGUUUAGCCUCACUGAAACAUCUUUAUCUUGACGAAAGCAAUAUUCGUGGUCUGCCCGCCAACAUUUCUCAUUUGUCAAGGCUUGAAAAAAUCAUGUUGGCUGAUUGCAAGAACCUAGAGAUGCUCCCUCAACUUCCUCCCAGUCUUGGACAACUUUGGGCCAGCAAUUGCAAGUCUAUGGAGAAACUACCAAACUUGUCAAAUUUAGCAAAGUUGAGACAGUUGGACCUCAGGAAUUGCAGAAAGUUGAAGGAUAUUCAGGGUUUGGAAAAUCUUCAUUCCCUAGAAGAUAUUGAGUUAAGAGGUGUUCACAUAGAAAGGCAGGCCUGAUUUCUCAGAAAGCUCUUUAAGGUACAGAAACGGUUAACUGUAGGUACAGAAUGUGUCAACUGUAGAUACAAAAUCUGAAAGUUAUUUUUAGAUCAGGGUUCAUAAUCCAAGGUAAACCCUGGUACAUGGUAUAAUUUGCCUUCUCUAGUCACACCUUGCAUGGUUUCCUUGAUGCAGGCCUUAGUAGUUUCCCAGAUGAAUUUAUGCAUUGGCACAAUGAGAUUCUAUGUUGGCUAAGGUGUUUGGAGGCAAAUUAUGUUGUGGAUCCGGGCCCACCUUGCAGAUCCAAAACACGCGUAUGGAAUACCGGUGUUGUUAGUGGCACCCGUUUUCCUUAGUCAAUGAUUUUUUUUUUUGAAUAUAGAGUUCAAAAAUUGUGUUAUACUG